AUGUUAUUGUUUACUAAUUGGUCACAAACAGGAAGAACACAGAAAAUAAAUAAAUAGGAGAAAAGAAAAAUAAUCAUGGUGGGGUACUAUAAUCAAGGUGUACCCGCUUCCGCCGAUCUAGAAAAUAACUCCAACCAGAAAAAAUACACCGUAAAUCAAACAAACAAAAAAGGACUUGUGAUAUCUAAACCUCUGUGUGCCCUAAUGGCUAUCGGUGCCUUUCUUCUAGCCUUAUUAGUAGGUCUUAUAGUAUUCUUUUUAGUUCCUAGAUAUUGUAAUGGAGAAAAACCUCCGGAAGCUUUAACGCAUACGCACCAAUCACAUACAAAUUCGCAAUUAAGUAAUAGUGCUAAUACCAAUAUGGCUAAUGAUGGUGAAGAGACGAAGGCUGAUGAUGGUGAAGAGACGAAUGCUGAUGAUGGUGUAGACGAAAGGUUACCUAGAAGUUUAGAACCUGAACAUUAUAAGAUACGAAUCUUACCAGAUCUUCAGAACAUCACCACCAACGGUACAGUCACGAUAUCUCUAAAAGCAGUACAAAAUACCAACGAAAUAAUCUUCCAUUUGCAUGACAUCGAAAUUUUAGAAGAUUCCGUCAGCGUAAAAUCAACCAAAUCAGAUUCUAGUCCUUUAAAAAUAAGCAGCCAGGAAUAUCUUCCAGGUGAUAAAUAUAAGAUAAGUUUAAAAGAUUCGUUACAAGCGAAUGAAAAAUAUGAACUGCAUUUGGAAUUCACUGGAGUGUUGAAUCAACAAUUACAAGGAUUUUACCGGGGUUCAUAUAAUGAUGCCAAAGGACGAGAAAGAAUUUUUGCAAGCACCCAAUUUUCACCAGUAGACGCCAGAAAAGCUUUUCCUUGCUUUGACGAACCAUCAUUUAAGGCUAAGUUCGAAAUUAUUUUAGGGCGACCUUCCCACAUGUCUACUUUGUCAAAUAUGCCAUUACUUAAAUCUACUCCUUUUACAAAAAUAACCGAAAGGGUAAAACGAAGCAGCAAAUCAAGGAAAAAUAAAAGAAAUAACACAGACGACAACGCAAUAUCCGAUUUGUGGUAUUGGGACGAAUAUCCAGAAACUCCUAUAAUGUCUACAUAUCUGGUGGCAUUUAUGGUUCAUGACUUUAAAAACAACUCCGGCACUGAUCCAUUGAUGAAAUUUUGGGCCCGAGAGGAACUUGUAUCCCAGACCAAGUACGCUUCCGAAAUUGUUCCUAAAUUACUUCAUUUCUUUGAAAAAUACUUCGAUAUAAAUUUUCCGCUUAAGAAAAUCGACUUGGUGGCUGUACCUAAUUUUGGGUUUAGUGGUAUGGAGAACUGGGGACUCAUUACUUUUAGGGAAUCUAGUCUAUUGUAUGAUCCCAAUUCAUCCACUAAGAACGAUAAAAGAGGCGCAGCUGGUACAAUAGCCCAUGAAAUAGCCCAUCAGUGGUUUGGCAAUCUCGUGACACCCAAAUUUUGGAACGAUCUGUGGCUCAAAGAAGGUUUCUCUGAUUAUAUGAAGUUUCUUGGAUUAAACCAUGCUGAACCAAAAUGGAACGCUAUGGAAGAAUUUAUUUUUACCACGGCUGCUGCUAUGGCUGCAGAUUCAUUAGAAACUUCCAGAAAAUUAUCCUUUGAUGAAACUAAAAAUAGUCCUCAAAUUAGACAGCUGUUUGACUCCAUAACAUAUUCUAAAGGUGCUGUUAUUGUGAGAAUGAUGAACAAAUUCUUGGGCGAGAAAACUUUCAAAGAGGGUUUAAUCAGAUAUUUGAAAAAGUACCAAUACAGUAACGCGGAUCGCAAAGAUUUGUUUGCAAUCCUUACAGAAGAAGCGCAAAAAAACGAAAUUUUAAAACCUGACGAAAGCGUUACAACUAUCAUGAAUUCAUGGACGGAUAAAGCCGGGUAUCCGGUGAUUAAUGCUAUUGCUAACUAUGAGCAACAAAAAUUAACAAUUUCACAGAAACGGUUUUAUUUCAAAGAAAAGGACGAAAAAUCAUCGUGGUGGGUGCCUUUAUCGUUUACUACAAACGCCACCGACAAUAAACCUAAUUUUACGAAUACAAUACCAAAAUUCUGGCUAAGAGGAGAAUAUGAAAUUGAAGAGGAAGUUAAUUUGACGAAUUAUGACUGGUACCUUUUAAAUAUGGAACAAACGGGUUAUUUCAUCGUGAACUAUGACGAUCGAAAUUGGGAAAAAUUAACUGAAAAUAUCAUGAACUUUCCACCUUUGAUUAGAGCACAAUUGAUUGGUGAUUCAAUGGAUCUAGCUAGAGCAAACUUACUAGAUUAUGACAUACCUCUAACGCUUAUCGCCAAUAUGGCAAUUCAAGAUGCUGAAAUUAUGUAUAUUCCAACUUCGGUAGCCUUUAGUAAAUUAAAAUUUUUAAGGAAUAAGUUAUUCGAUACACCCGCUUUUGGCUUAUUUGAGGAGUUUCAAAAAAAUAUCUUCCAAGAUACAUAUAAGAAGGUCACGUUAGAUGUUUUCCCAAAUGAAGAUUACGUAUCAACCAAGAUACGAACUACAGUUCUGGAAUGGUCAUGUUUUAAUCCAGAUUCCAGAUGCACUCACAGGGCUAAGAUGUCCUUUAGAGAGUGGAUAACUAGAGGGACAAAUAUUGAUCCUAAUCUUCGAUCUAUUGUAUAUUGUACAGCUAUCAGAGAAGGCAGUGAAACGGAAUGGGACUUUGCUUACAGAAAAUAUUUAGAAACAUCUUCAGUAGCAGAAAAGAAUACACUCAUAGAUGCUUUAGGCUGUACAAGACAACGUUGGCUGCUAUCCAGAUAUUUGGAAAACGUUUUAUCAUCCAGUAUGAAAAUUGAAGAUGCCGCUAGACUAUUUGGAUCUGUGGUCAGAAACGAAGUAGGUACCCAGAUAGCUUUUGAUUUUCUGAGGGAAAAAUGGAACGAGAUCAUCGAACGUAAUGGGGAUGGUUUUAACAUUGUAUCAAAAAUGGUAAAAUCACUGGGAGAUCAUCUGACCACUAAAUUCCAAUUGUUAGAGCUUAUUAGAUUCCAUGACGACAUUAAGAGCAACUUAACAUCAGCGGCAGGUGCUUUUAAAGAAGCUAUAGAAAAUGUGAAACAAACUGUAGAAUGGAAGGAAAAAUUGUCUCCGAAAGUUGAACAAUGGCUUCAAAAUAAUAGAGAUCUUAGAUCACGUAUUAGAGAAAAACAGAGGAUGGAACGUUACCAACAGAUGAACCAUAUUCCAGCACGUGGAGCAUAA